GGACUCUGACCAGACAAAACGGUGACGCUUAAGGUCGCUUUCUUUGUCAGCUAUGAGACGAAAAUUAAUUGUUACCGCUAGAAAGUUGAGCUUUAAAAGGACCUUUAUAUGUGUCUGAAUCGUCUCUCACGUCUUAGAGCAUUGUAUUUGAUCAACAGUAGCAGCUGUACUUGUCUUUCCGCUGGCCUCUCCAGUUCCACCUUAAAGAACCGAUGUCAGCUUUCAUGCAGUUUUUCUUUUUUUUUGCAUUGACGUCAACCGCAUACAGCGCAAAACAGAGGCUUUCUUCAUAAUUUGUAUGGAAGGAACUGAAUAUGGACAGAUAGAGGGACACGGGUAGAAAAUACAGACCAAUCUGACUGCGACAGCUGCUGCCAUUCCUCUCAUCCCUGCGAGGAGGAGACUGUGUUCAAGAAUAACAGCAACACAGCCACCGGCUUCCUGUCAUAGCUGUCAGGAUGGAUCCUAGAACAGAUAGAAUGACUGUGACUGCUCUUGACAGCUGUCAUAACACCUUCACCCCUGCAGAUAAACUAUUGCCCAGAGUGCGGCCAAGGCAAGAGCCCGUGACCGCCACACCCGGCAUCAUGAUGGAGGGGGGUAUGCAGCUGCUCAACCGAGAUGGCCAUAGCAUCUCGCACAACUCCAAGCGCCACUACCAUGACUCGUUUGUGUCCAUGAACAGGAUGAGACAGCGUGGUUUGCUGUGUGACAUUGUUCUUCAUGUCUCCAACAAAGAAAUCAAGGCACACAAAGUGGUGUUGGCGUCCUGCAGCCCCUACUUCCACGCUAUGUUUACCAAUGAAAUGUCAGAGAGUCGGCAGACCCAUGUGACCCUACAUGACAUCGACCCUCAGGCUUUGGAGCAGCUGGUCCAGUAUGCCUACACAGCAGAGAUCGUGGUGGGGGAGGGCAACGUGCAGACGUUGCUCCCAGCAGCGAGCCUGCUACAGCUCAAUGGGGUGCGGGACGCCUGCUGCAAGUUCCUCCUCAGCCAGCUGGAUCCCUCCAACUGCCUGGGCAUCCGAGGAUUCGCUGACACGCAUUCCUGCAGCGACCUGCUCAAGUCGGCACACAAGUAUGUCCUGCAGCACUUUGUGGAGGUGUCCAAGACAGAGGAGUUCAUGCUGUUGCCACUGAAACAGGUCUUAGAUUUGAUCUCCAGUGACAAUCUCAAUGUGCCAUCUGAGGAGGAGGUGUAUCGAGCUGUGUUGAGCUGGGUGAAACAUGAUAUAGAUGGACGCAGGCAACAUGUACCUUGGCUGAUGAAGUGUGUGCGGCUCCCCCUGCUGAGGAGAGACUUUCUGAUGAGCAAUGUGGAUACAGAGUUGCUGGUGCGUCACCACUCUGAGUGUAAAGACCUGCUGAUCGAGGCUCUGAAGUACCACCUGAUGCCUGAGCAGAGGGGAGUUCUCAGCAACAGCCGGACACGCCCACGACGCUGUGAGGGUGCUAGCCCUGUGCUCUUCGCCGUCGGUCAGUGUGCCCCCGAAGGUGGUGGGAGCCUGUUUGCCAUCCACGGAGACUGCGAGGCAUAUGACACCAGGACAGAUCGCUGGCACAUGGUGGCGUCCAUGUCCACUCGGCGGGCACGGGUAGGCGUGGCAGCCAUUGGGAACAGACUCUAUGCAGUUGGAGGGUAUGAUGGCACCUCAGACCUUGCAACUGUGGAGUCCUACGACCCCAUUACUAACUCCUGGCAGCCUGAGGUUUCCAUGGGAACACGGCGGAGCUGUCUGGGUGUAGCAGUCCUGCAUGGGCUGCUGUAUGCUGCUGGGGGUUACGAUGGAGCAUCAUGCCUCAAUAGUGCCGAGCGGUAUGAUCCUCUGACCAGUACAUGGACCUCAAUUGCUGCUAUGAGCACCCGUAGGAGAUAUGUUCGAGUAGCAACUCUGGAUGGCAGCUUGUAUGCAGUGGGAGGUUAUGACAGCUCCUCACAUCUCGCAACCGUAGAGAAAUAUGACCCUCAGAGCAACACAUGGACAGCCAUCGCCAACAUGCUGAGUAGGCGCAGCAGUGCGGGGGUGGCGGUGCUGGACGGCAUGCUGUAUGUAGCUGGAGGCAAUGACGGCACCAGCUGCCUGAACUCUGUGGAGCGGUUCAACCCCAAGACCAACACCUGGGAGGGAGUGGCCCCUAUGAACAUACGCAGGAGCACUCAUGACCUUGUGGCUAUGGAUGGCUGGUUAUACGCAGUGGGUGGAAAUGACGGCAGCUCUAGUCUUAACUCAAUCGAGAAGUACAACCCGCGCAGCAACAAAUGGGUCGCAGCCUCCUGCAUGUUCACACGACGCAGCAGCGUAGGUGUGGCUGUGUUGGAGCUGCUGAACUUUCCACCGCCUUCCUCACCCACCCUCUCGGUGUCCUCCACCAGCCUUUGACACGGGGUCACCGCUUGGCUGACCUCAGCCUCUGCUGCUACAGCCCAGACUGGCUCUGGGAAGAGACGGAACUGCUCAGUUUAAGAUGGGGCGGAGGAGGAUAACGGGAGUGGACAGGUAUAAAUAUGGAGGGAGAAGAAUAGAGAUGAAGAAAAAUAAGGUAGAUGGCUCUCUAGCUCACUUAUCAAAUAGUAUCUUCCAGAAUUUGUGGCACUCUUGGGAAACAUUGGCUGAACAGUUUAUGUUUUGCACUUUAGUUUGAAAAAGUAAGGAAACUGAUAAAAGUUAUUAAUAAGCAGUGCCCUUUAAACUAAAAAGAUACAAGUCUAAAGUAUUAAUUAUUUUCAUGUGUAGUUAGUAGAAGCCAAAAAUAUUACAAAUAUCUACCUUCAUUUUCUGUUUUAUUAACCGUCAAACCGAUACGGCUGUUCUUCACCGAGUUUACCCUUUUAGUCUCGACCGCACUUCAUGUGAUCUUGAUGCCUAUAACUCUACUGUAUAGCUCCAUACUGAUACCGGCUUCCACUCCCAGGUAAAGAUGUUUGUACACCGACUGAUCCUUCCUCCAGCCCCACUGUUUUUUAACCACUGCAGUGUUUGACACACUCAUCGUGAAACGUGGUGGACACUUAAUUCUGUCACGUGUGUAGUAAAUGUUGUUGUCCUCUGCAAGAGCUUUCUUUUGAUGUCUUUUCUUUUGUUUUGCAAUAAUGUACAAAAAAAGAUCAAUGAAUGAUUUUACUUUUGGAAUGUAGCUUUUGACUGGUGAUAUCAUGCAUGUUUACAUCUUGGCAUUCACUCCUUACAGGAGAAUAAAAUGUUCUAGUGCUGCUACGCCACACUAGGUGGCAGUAAGAGGCAAUGUUAGAACCCUUUCCCUGCACUGAAAGAAAGCAUGGUCACAGACAAUUGAGAAGUUAGGCCCUCAGAACUUUAAAUGAGUUUGGAUGUUUAUUUGUUUUUGUUUUUUAUAUACAAUUAUUUUGUUGAAGUACAUGUAUUUAUGAAAAUGUAAAAAAAUAUAAUAUAUUCUGUUUUAAAGAUGCUUAGAGAAGGAAACCAUUAAGACCUAUGCCUAUUUAAGAGUGUUUUAAUCUAAUUAUUUAAGUUUUCAUAUUGUCAAUGGAAAUGACAAAGAAUGUCUCACUUUGAGAGAGGUGGUCAUUCAGUUUGGGUGCUCUGAGAGUUUCUCCUGGUUUAGAGGACUGAAUGUUGCAUUUUGACUUGCAAUAUUUGAUUUGCAUUUAGUAAUAUUUCUUCACUGCCACAGACAAGAUCUCACACGAGACUGGAUCUAAUGUCUGCUACAUUUGUGCAAAAGACUUAAGUUACUUGACAAGUCUGUGAAAUAAUUCUAUGUUGUCUUUGAUCUGUCUUCUAAAUAAUUUAUGAAUAGACAUGGAGGUAUAGUAAUCUUUGGAUACAUGACAAGCAAGUACUAGUUUACCUGACGUAUUCCAACACUCAACACUAAUGAGUGAUGUUGUUGACACUUGGUGCUGUCAUAUUCCAUUCCACACUCUAUCAAGUGUGAUGUCUUGUUAUAUUACCUCAUUGUUGAAGUGUAUCCAACUCAAAGUUAAACUAAAAACAACUUCUAACCAUAAAUAUACCAGCUGUAGAACAUGAUAUCUAAAAUAAUUAUUUGAGUCUUUUUGACUCUGAUUCACUUUAGUUCACGUGUAGCGCAGUGAUACCAUUCCAAACUUCUGAGAAGUUACCUUUUUUCCUUAUUUUGAAGGAUUUUGUUGAUCCGAUUUUGUUUGUGUGAGUUUUUUUAUUUUAUUUGUUGAACCCAAGUAGAAUAUGGGCUGUGAUGGUCUUAUGAAGAUGUUGCUUGUCUUUUAAGACAUUAUCAGAAAGGCGCACAAACCACAGAAAACUUAGGCCUCCAUUCUGCUGACUGAACUGUAAAUAGAAGAGAAGAUCUUAAAUCCAUCUGUGCAAUUUCAAAGUGACUGUAGCUUUCUUUUUCGUCUGUCUUCAAUGUGGUGAUAAUUGUUUACCUAUAUUUAUUUAUGAGGAACAUUAUAUUAUUGAAUUUUGCACUGUUGCGAAAUGGAGCAAUACACUGUAAAAAAAAAAUUAAAUAAAGUUGUUUUCA